AAGAUGGAAGAACUCGGAUAACAGAGACUCUAACCAGGAGGACUUUUGAUUUGGAUACACAGACGCCUGUAGAGAACUGGGACAACACAGACUCUUACCAGGAUUACUUUGAUUUGGAUGACAAAGACGCAGACGUGCUACUCUGGCACCAUGCUGCCCCGUCACAUGCGAACAGGUGGAUUUGACCUGCCGGGGACGGAGUCCAGCGAGGUGCCCCUAAUCGCCUACCGGCCCCUGGUGCCCGAUGACGGGGACGACGUCCCGGGCACCCCAUCUGACACGGAUGACUCGCAGAGUCUCCAGGUGGAGUCGUUACCCAUGAAGACGACCUGGUACUGUCCUCUGGAUCUGUCCACAGUGGUGGAGGAGGAAGAGGAUGGAGUGGUCUACACAGUGGUGGUCAAACAAGCGCACGGCUCACCCUCCAGCCCUACGUCGUCUCGCUGCCAGUGCGUGAAAGCGGGCACGGAGGAAAAGCUGGCGCUCCACCUCCUCCGCUCCUUGGCCCUGGGAGACUCCACCUACGUCACCGUCUUCCUGGCCACCUAUCGCUCCUUCACCUCCACGGAGCGAGUGCUGGACACCCUCGCUGACAGGAUGGAGCGCCCGCCCGGCGACAGCUCCAGGAGCCACGCGAGGAGGUCCUUCAACAAAGCAGUGUGCACCGUGUUCAGCAUGUGGCUGAUCGAGUACCCCGAGGACUUCAAGGGCUUGAGGGAGCCCUCGCGCCUCCUGCGACUGGCGCCCCUCCUCCCGCGAGACUCGUCGUCUGCGGCCGACCUGCGCGCUCGCCUCCUCCGGGUCGCCGAGGAGCUGAGUGAGAAGGCCCUGCUGCCCAACGCCUUUAAAGACGUGCACAUCUCCCACAGCCCGAACCCCGAUGUGUCCAAGUUCGAAGCCACCAGAAUCCUGGGCUUCCCCUCAGCCGCCAUCGCCGAGCAGCUCACUCGCAUCGAAACGGAGCUGUUUGUGCGUCUGGUGCCGUACCACUGCCUGGGCUCCUUGUGGUCCCAGCGGGACAAGAAAGGCCGGGAGGGCGCGUGCUGGUCCGUGCGGGCCACCGUACGCCAGUUCAACCGGUUGGCCAACGCCGUCCUGGCGUCCUGCCUGUGGCCCACCAGGCUGCGCAGUCAGCAGCGAGCUCGGCUCCUGGAGAAGUGGAUCAGCGUUGCAGAGGCGUGUCGAGCCAGGAAGAACUUCUCCUCGCUCUACGCCAUCGUGUCCGCCCUGCAGAGCAACCCCAUCCACCGGCUGAGGAGGACCUGGCAGGAAACGGACAGGGAGGCCACAAGGAAGUACGAGGAGCUCUCCGAGAUCUUCUCAGACAAGGACAACUACUCUCAGAGCAGAGAACUCCUGAAGGAGGAAGGCACGUCCAAGUACGCCAACCUGGACAAGCGGCUCAGCAGGCAGUCCAGCGCCCAGGGCACCGUGCCCUACCUGGGCAUCUUCCUCACCGACCUCACCAUGCUGGACACGGCGGUCAAAGACCGGUUGGAUAACGGCUACAUCAACUUCGACAAAAGGAGGCGGGAAUUUGAGGUUUUAGCUCAAAUCCGACUCCUGCAGUUGUCUUGCAAAAACUGUGUGUUCGCCAAGGACGAGGCCUUCCUGCGUUGGUACCACAGCGUGCCCACGCUAGCUGAGGAGCAAAGUUACAGACUGUCCAACGAGAUCGAAGCGCUCAGUGAGGCGGGCCCUCGAGGCCCCACCCCGACCGUCAUCGUCACGCAGUGUCCCAAUCUCAGUUCUUCCAGGAGCAGCCUGUCGGCCGACUCUGAGGGCCUCUUUGACUUCUCCACCCCCGUCAACAACCUGCUGUCCAAACUCACAAAGCACAUGAAGUCUCCGUCCGUGUCCUGCUUGGACGUGGACACGUCGCCUCCCGUCGGUGAUGCCUCCUCCCCCGCCCCGCCGGCUCCCAGCACGCCGCCCAAAUCUCACCGCCGCUCCGCCUCCUGCGGCAACACCCCGGCCAACGGCGCUAAGGGCUCGGGGCCCGACAUGCGCAUCAUCAGGAUCGGCAUGGACCUGCAGGACGGGAACCUGUACAGGAGCAUCCUGGUCACCAGCAACGACAAGACGCCCGCCGCCGUCAGCGCCGCCCUGGAGAAGCACAAUCAGGACCCCAAGCAGGCGUCCAGAUAUGAGCUGAUCCAACUCCUGCCUGAAGGGAAAGAGCUCAUCAUCCCCGCCACAGGAAACGUCUUUUACGCCAUGACGUCGUCCAGCGUGGACUUCCUGCUGAGAAGGAAAGACGCAAACACGCCCCUUGGCUCGCCAUCAAUCAGCCAAUCAGAGACGAGCGCCACUUAUCCUCGAAUCAAAGCCAAGGGGAGGCGACUCGUCCGAACGCUCUUUUGAUCACAGAGUACCUUUCAUUGGAUCUCUUUUCUGCUUUGUUUUCAAAAUGUAUUUUAUUUAAUGCCAAAGUGUUCUUCCAUUGCUCUUACUAAAUGUGUAUUUUAUUUUAUUUUUUACCUCAUUUUGUUGUUAAUAUUUUAUUUAAUUCUUCCUUAUGUUGCUUUUAUUUCACAGGAAUUAUGUGACACUUUUACUUUUAUGAAUGUAAUAUUUUAGUGUGUAUGCGAUGUUCUUAUUUGAUUGUAUUUUGUACGUCAUCACUUGUUCAGUAUUAGAAAAGACGUCCUGAUGUGACCGACAUCCAGCAAGCAUCGCGGACUCACCACUGGAGGAAGAAUAGAUUCUCCUUUUUAUUACUUGUGUUUUUUUCAAGUCAUCGCAACUCAAUCCCCACUUUGGGAAAUGUCUCAAAGGGUGAUGAUGAUGACGUUUCCAUGGCGACAAAAACAUUUGUCCGUCCCAAAACACUGAAACGUCUCAUGUAAGUUAUUAGUUUCUAUAUUUUCCUUCAACAUUGUGUUUACGUUAGCAUGGACUUCAACGUACUUCACCGAUAAAAAAAAAACCCCAGCAAAAUAAACAUCCCACGUCGUUCUAUUUCAUUGUAAAAUUGAACUAAGUAUUUUAAUAUCGCCUAUAAUUUCCUCAUACACUGGAAAUAAUAUUUGUAUUAUCUUUUCUCCCUCAUAGCUCUUAUUUGACAACUAUGUUUGUUCGUUAAAGGGCUUUAUGAAUAAAGUCGCUAAAAAUUGCCUAGUGUUAGCUAGCAUGAGCGCGGCUAACAUUAGCUUGAUGUGCAAAAAUGUAACAACUUUAUUGGUGCUAAAUUUAAACCACCAUUGUCUUCACGCUAAUUGUUAGCUUAGCACAACGGUGCUUUCAAAGUGACUGUUUUUAGCGUUUUAUUCCGCUUUUAGCACAUAAAGUUUGCAACACGCACACAUUGGUUACGUUUGUUGGCUAAUGAUGGCAAUUGAAAUAAGAAAUAAGUUGCAAAAACUCACUUUGAUCGGUUGGUUUUAUUUUAAAUUGAUGUCGGCGACUGUUAGCAUGGCACAAGUGGAUGCAAAUGUUUAAAAAGAAAAAAAUGUUUUGUUUUAAUGCUUUCCAAGUGAAAAAAGUGCGAGGCUAACUUUAGCAAGCCAAGUAAGUUGUGUUAGCUAACUUUAGCUAACACGAGUUGAUUACUCCUCAAACGUCCGUGAAGGUUGCAGACUUUGUGUCAUUCGGGGUGAUUUAUUACGAUUCUUUUAAUUUGGUCCCAACUUUUCAAAACGUUGUGUGAAUAGUCUGAUUUUCCGGGUCAAAGCGUCCAGUGACCUGGUUACGUGCUGGUUGCUAUGAAGCUUCCUGAUUGGCUGAAGCAUCGCGGCGCCAGAGAGAGGAUUCUGGCUCGUAAUAAAAAUAAUCCUUAUAAUAAAUUUACAUAAUGCUCCUGAUUGUUUGAGUGCCUUUCUCGCCCAGGUGCUCACUUCAUUGCAUUACAGUGUAAAUAUUCAUAUUAAAGCCCUAUUUUUAUGCAGACAUGAUCUACUUUUAUAUGACAUGUUGUCCUUCUUGGUUGAUGUCGUGUAAUAUUUUUGGUUUUAUUAAAAAUAAUCU